AUGGGAGAGCUCCUGGUCAUAAUCUCCGAGAAGAACGACAUUGUUUACCAGAGAAUGUAUGACAAGACAAGCGACGGGGAGUACUGCAGACUCAUCAUCCUUAUCUACGCAUCAAUCGACGUGCUGGUCUGGAAGAUGGCAUCUGUAAACACAAGUUACUUCGACUGCUUGGAGAGUCACGGAGACCUGAGAAUCAGUGCAUACAUAAUGCCCUCUGGAUACAAGUCUCUGUUCAUCCACUCCAGAAAGAAUGCCCGCUCCUUUCUGGAGGGAGUCCAUCGUGUGUUUGCAACGUCCCUCAUAUCAUCUUCGCUGGAGGAUGAGAUUUUGGAUGACCAGGGUCUGAAUGAUGGAGUGGAUGAGGCCCACAAAGUCUGUCUCUAG